AAAUGGCAUAUCGUGCAGCACCUAUCAAAAUUGCCAAGCAUGUAUCCAGCUUGUUAAAAGGACGUCUAUUGAAGGAGCCUCCUGUAUGGCUUCCCGUAGUACAGUCCAUUCCUCCUGGACCAAGUGUCAUUCGAUCUCAAAAUGAAGAAAUCAAUGUCUCUGGACAAACAGACAUUGAAAAGAACUUAUUCUCUACACACAAGACAACCAACAGACAACGUUACUCUCAAAAGCAUUUACGUACACCUCCACCUAGACCACGCGCUAUUGUGUAUCCCGAAGAUAGAUUAAGAAAGCAGUUUUAUAAAGAUCAUCCUUUUGAACUCGCAAGGCCCAAGGUUUUGGUUGAAAACGAAUUAGGCGUUAAUCGAACUGACUACCGUAAACUCAUGUUGGAUGGUAUGCAUCCUUCUCAAAUCGAUGGUGAAGCUGUGAUCAAGUAUCAACUUCAUUUGAUGACACAUGAAAACAUGACAGAAAGACAAGCUUAUGCCAAAGCUACUGCAGAAUUUUAUGAAAUUAGAGCACAACAAGAAGAAGAAGAAAGAAAAGCAAAGGAAAAGAUGAACAAUGCAUUAAACAACCUUCAGAAUAAAAGGAAAUGGACCGAAAGAGGAAUAUAUCUUGAAGAAAGAGCCUUACGAGAGGGCCAAAUUGCAGAUGCGCAGUUUUAGACUUUAUUUGAAUAAAAA